ACAUAGAAUUUAAAACAAUACAUUUAUAGCAGCUCUGACAGAACAAUGUAUUUGUAUUAUACGGAGAAAAUUGAAAUUUAACUUUCAUCUGCAGCGAGACAAAUGCAUAGUUUCAUUUAACAAUAUUUUACCUCAUAAAAGUGAUAGGAGUUGUAGCGUAUCCUUCGAUAACAAUAAACGUUUUUGCGUCGUGGUACGCGUACAACGAGGUUGCGCAAAUGCUCACGCCUCCUCCUCCACCCUGAAACUGAACUUUGAACGAAAUAUACAAUAACAUAACAAAGAGAGUUUAGACGGCAAAAUAACGACCGUUUUUGUUCAAAAUGAGACAAAGGACUACAAAAGACGUGUCGACCUCCGCUCACAAAACACCCAAAGUUAAGAGGAACCACGACGAGACUCAGGCCCGUUGGAAGAAAAGUAGUUUAUUUGCCCUGAUUGUCAUCCUAGUUUUGGUGCCUUUCAUCCUGAUAGUAGCACAAGAAUUGUUCCAGCACCUUGUUUACAAGUACAGAAUCAAGGUUCCGCUUUUUGUGGACCUCAGCACACCCAUUGACUUCUCCCUAAAUCACACUAUAAACAUGUACUUAACAUCAGAGGAAGGAAUCUCUCUUGGUGUAUGGCAUACAGUUCCUGAAAGUAAAUGGAGGGAGGCACAAGGCAAAGACAUAGAGUGGUACCAAAGCACAUUAAAUGAUGGUAGUCCAGUUUUUAUAUAUCUACAUGGGAACACAGGCACAAGGGCAGCUACUCAUCGUGUGGGAGUUGCAAAAUUAUUGAGUGCACUUGGUUACCAUGUGUUGGUGCCUGACUACAGAGGUUUUGGAGACUCAAGUGGUGAGCCUACUGAAGCUGGACUCACUACAGAUGCCCUUCAUGUGUACAACUGGGUGAAAGAACACAGUGGAAGCAGUCUGGUAGUCUUCUGGGGACAUUCCCUUGGCACUGGAGUGUCCACUAACACUGCAGUCAAACUUGUGGAGCAAGCAGGUAUUGUUUUGGAUGGUGUGAUUCUUGAAGGCGCCUUCAAUUUAGGUAAAGAGAAACUUCCAGGUCAUGUGUUUUCUUGGUAUUACUGGAAAUUUCCUGGCUUGACAUACCUUUUUCCAGAGCCAUGGGCUGAAAAUAAAGUUGUCUUUCCCAGUAAAGAAAAUUUAAGAAGAAUGAAAAGCCCUCUACUUUUCCUUCAUGCAGAAGAUGAUCCAGUUGUUCUCAUUCAGUCUGCUCAGGAGGGCGGGGUCAUUUGAGCUGUAUGAGGUCGCAGUGAGUACUCAGAAUGUAGAGCAAGUUAAGUUUGUCUCCUUUGAAGGAUCUUUAGGGUACGUGCACAAUGGGUUGUACAGAGACCCCCGACUUCCAGACAUCAUAAAGUGAGGAAGUAUUUCACACACUGAAUGUUUAAAACAAUGAAAUAGCAGAAUAUCCUCCGCUAAACAUUAGGGGAUAGUGACUUAACAGUCCAUUAUUUUUCUUCACAGAAAGUUUGUUUUGUCUUUGUGAAGUGGUCAGACACCUUCUGCAGAUGUUCACGUGAAUGACAGUGAUAUAAUCCCAAAAGUACUGUAUAUACAUUUUUUGCUUCAUAAAUGCAGCAUUGCUUUUAUUGUGUUAAUUGGUUUAUAUAUACCGUAUGUCCAUGUAAACAUCUUUGGAUAAUUAUUCAAAAGCUAGUUCCUGUUGCUAUAUCACAAUGCCUGAAAAACAGUGCACGGUUAAUUUUUUUAUUGAAGAGGUGUGCAUGAAAAUCAAUUAAGAAAUAAUUACAUUAUGAAGAACUGAUUAAUAAACCAUGCCUUGAAAUUAUCCAAUUUCUGAUACGCUUAUCCUCAUGAGUGUCACAGGAGUUCUGGAGCCAAUCCCAGCCAUUUUUGGGCAGGAGUUGGCGUACACCCUAAACUAGUUACGAGCCAAUUGUAGGGCACACAGAAAAAAUAAUUGCACUCACAAUCAAACAUAAGCGCAAUAAAGAGUUUCCAAUUAAUGCACGUUUUUGGGUUUUGGGAGGAAACAGUCUCUGGAAGAAAAUGCAAACUCUCCACAAGCAGGGCCAGGAUUUGAACUGCGGUCCUCAGAACUGUGAGGCUAAAGCCAUAAACGACUCUCCACCGUGCAGCCCGGAAUUUUUCCAUUGUAUUAAAUAUAAUAUUUAAAACAACA